UAAGCCCCCUUUUGACUGUCAAAUCGAAAACGCUACCCACGUGGAGUGGUGUUAGUUGUGUCUCGGAAAAUUUAAAAAUUUGGUUUUUCACGCUUCCUUAUCUCAAAUUCAGAAUUUUAAAACUAUAAAAAUUACUUUUCUCUUCGUGAACCAUGUUGGCGGAAAGAAGAAGAAGAGCAAAUUACGUGCUAAAUCCACGAAAUAAUACGUGGGCUGCGGAUGAUAAAAACUUGGGCAAGAAGUUGAUGGAGAAAAUGGGUUGGAGCAGUGGCAAGGGGCUGGGCCGUGACGAGCAGGGUGACACGGAGCACAUACGAGUGAACUACAAAAACGACAACAAAGGUAUGGGAUUUAGUGGGCCGAUCGAUGACCCAGUUCUGCACCAAACUGACUUCAACGAGCUGCUUUCGAAGCUGAACGAAGCCCAGGGUUCCGAAGCGCCAAAACCUGAAGGACUGAGCUCUCUUGAGAAGAAGUCCGAGUCGUCAAAGUCUCGCCUUCAUUACAAGAAGUUCACCAGAGGCAAAGACCUGAGCCGCUACUCUGCCAAGGACCUUGAGUGCAUAAUUGGCAAUGGAAAGAAGAAGAAAGUGGAGGAGGUCGAGGUUAAAGUGGAGGAGAGCAAGGUGGGCGAACAGGAGCACAGUCACGGCGUGGACACGGUUGCUGGGGGCUCUAUGGCAGAUUAUUUUAAAAGGAAGAUGAUGGAGCGAGGUUUGUUGAAGCCGAAAGAGGAGUCGAAGGAUGAGGAAUCGGGAGGCAAGGAAUUUGGAUUUGUUGGUUUUGGCUUUAGUGGUCCUAUUAAGAUGGAGGAGGUAAAGGAAGAGCCGAAGAAAAGUAAAAAGAGAAAAAAUAAGUUCGGUGAUGCGGAGUGUAUUCCCUCUUUCGAAGAAUUAAAAAAUUGCGAAUUGGAGACAGAUGAAAAACCAAAGAAGAGAAAAAAGAAGAAUAAGAAGCACAAAGAGGAAAAUGAAGAAGUUCCUGAAGAAGUACCAGAUAAUGUCCAAAUUCAGGAAGAUAAGAUAGUGCUCGAGGAAUCUGUUAUCAAAAACCAAGGAGAAGAAAUUGAAGAAGUUUCGGAAAAGGCUAAAAAGAAGAAGAAGAAAAGUAAAAAGAAUAAAAGCUUAACUUGUGAUUAAUAAAUCCUCAAUUUUACAAGAAAAA